UUCUGUCAACAACAGAGAGACAACACUGAGACAAUUGUGAAAAAUUAAAUGAUUCAAAAGUUUUGUUUGACUACUUUUUAUAAGUAGUCGUGAUUCGUGAUAUUAAACUAUAUGAAUUUAAACGAUUGUGACUUUUAAAAAGUUUUUGGAGUGAUUAGCAAGAGCCAGGGAAUUUUGGUGCUCUGCUCUCUGUGAUACGAUUUACUUAUUUAUUCGAGAUUUUUUGUGAAUUUUGCAGUUUGGGAAUGUGAUUUUACUCUCACUACCUAUUGUUAUCAAUUCUAUUAAAUGUUUUAUUAUGAAGAAACACAUUUUUAUCUGGGCUUUAAUAGCCUUUUAUAGUAAAUACAUCACCGUUACAGUGGGUCUUCAUAGAAAUCUUAAAUAUUACGAAACUCUUCAUGCCUCGAAUUUCGAGCACAGAGUCGUUAAGCGAGGUACACAACACAGUUAUCAUCCAUUCAACAAAAUAAAUGAAUUGGACUUUUAUACUCAUGGAAGACAAUUCAGACUAAUUUUAACUCCACGAAAGGAAGUUAUUCACUCAAAAUUCAAAGCUUAUGAAGUGGAUGGAGAUGGCCAGGAAAAGUCGGUGCAUCUAGAUCAUGAAAGCUUUUACCACGGGCGAGUGUUUGGGGAAAAAAAUUCACACGUCCAAGUGCACAUAGAUGAUGGUCUUUUGACAGGAAGUAUUAUUUUACCUGACGAAACUUAUCACAUUGAACCAUCAUGGAGGCAUCUUUCUCAUUUGGAUAAUCAAACAAUGAUUGUAUACAAGGCAUCAGAUGUUAAAUUUAGUUGGGAACAUUAUCAAGAUGGUGUAGGCCACACUCAUGGCACUCCAAGAACAUGUGGAUAUGUGAAAGAAGGGGCAGAGCUUUACAACAAGGGUGUGUCACUCGAAAAUGAUGUACAGAAUUACAGAGAAAACUCUGGCAACAGGUCAAAACGUCAAACAGAAACUUAUGAGUAUACUCCAACCAAAACGAGAUGUCCAUUACUUUUAGUAGCUGAUUACAGAUUUUACCAAGAAAUGGGUGCUAGUAGUACCAAAACCACAAUUAAUUACUUGAUAAGUUUAAUCGAUCGAGUUCACAAAAUCUACAACGACACAAUGUGGCAGGAUCAUAAAGAACAAGAUGGUUUCAAGGGGAUGGGAUUUGUCAUCAAGAAAAUAGUUGUUCAUAGUGAGCCAACUCGCGUCAGAGGUGGCGAUACGCAUUACAAUAUGGUUCGAGAAAAGUGGGAUGUCAGAACAUUGCUUGAGGUAUUUAGCAGAGAGUAUAGCCACAAAGAUUUUUGCCUAGCUCAUCUAUUUACCGACUUGAAAUUCGAAGGGGGCAUCUUGGGUUUGGCCUACGUUGGUUCUCCUCGCAGAAACUCCGUUGGAGGAAUUUGCACACCAGAGUACUUUAAAAACGGCUACACUCUGUACCUGAACUCUGGUUUGAGCUCCAGCAGAAAUCACUACGGGCAGCGAGUGAUAACACGUGAAGCGGAUUUAGUGACUGCCCACGAGUUUGGCCACAACUGGGGAUCCGAGCAUGAUCCCGAUAUAACGGAAUGCAGUCCGAGUGCGAGCCAGGGUGGUUCGUACCUAAUGUAUACCUACAGCGUAAGUGGCUAUGAUGUGAACAACAAGCGCUUCUCGCCGUGCAGUCUGCGCGCUAUUCGCAAUGUUCUACAGGCAAAGUCGGGUAGGUGCUUCUCGGAGCCCGAGGAGUCGUUCUGCGGUAACCUGCGCGUCGAAGGUGACGAAGAGUGUGACGCGGGUCUCCUCGGCACCGAGGAUAAUGACGCUUGUUGCGACAAGAACUGCAAACUUCGGCGCAAUCACGGUGCCGUGUGCAGUGACAAAAACUCGCCUUGCUGCCAGAACUGUCAGUACAUGGGAGCGGGCAUCAAGUGCCGGGACGCCCAGUACGCGACCUGCGAGCAGGAGUCCCGUUGCACGGGCGUCUUGAGCGAGUGUCCGCGCUCGCCACCCAUGAAGGACGGUACGAGUUGCCUCGAGCGCGGCCAGUGCCACCAGGGCAAGUGCGUGCCGUACUGCGAGACACAGGGUCUCACCAGCUGCAUGUGUGAUACGCCGAGCGAUGCGUGCAAGAGGUGCUGCCGCAUGGGUCUCAACGACACGUGCUUCCCAAUCGACCCGCAGGACAUUUUGCCGGAUGGCACUCCUUGCAUACAUGGCUUCUGUAACAAGGGUACCUGCGAGAAAACUAUACAGGACGUCGUCGAGAGGUUCUGGGACAUCAUAGAGGACAUAAACAUAAAUAAGGUGAUGCGCUUCCUCAAGGACAACAUCGUGGGUGCCGUCAUUAUCAGUACUUCGCUCAUCUGGAUUCCAACCAGCUGUGUCAUAAGUUACAUAGACAGGCGACGAGUCAAAGAGAGCGAGAAAAAGUAUCGCUGGAAAAAUACCGAUCAGCUCAUACAUCCGGACGAACAGAGGCGAGUCAUUUAUGUCCGAACGCCUCGUCAACGGAUCCAACUCGUUGCGCAUCAGACAUAAGCUGAUUCUGCGCUUGGAGGCAUUUCAUUAACAUUCCAC